AUGGAAAAGGCCCGUCAAUGGGCCUCUGAACUUUUCUCUGCGGAUGUCGUGGAGGUGAUGAGAGCUCGACAGGCGCUGGCGCGUUUGAUGUCACCGAGGGAUUUACUCGAACUGUGGCGAGGAGGGCAACAGGAUGCAGCAGCAGCACUCCUUAAUGAAGCGGAGGAGGUUGGGUGCCCUGAAGUGUACGCAUCUCUGGGGGAAAGCUUCAACCAAUUGCUUGGUUCCGGUUGCCAAGCGUCAAUUGCGAGUGAGUUUCUUAUUCUGGACGAGUCCCACAUUGUUCUGCGUUUUCUUUUAGCUGGAGUAGGGCAUGAAGAUGUCAUGAGGGCGGGUUGCUUACGUCCCGCGCUUAUCGGUGCACUGGCCGUUUUGCCCGAGCGGAUGGCUCCAGCUGUAGGCGAACUGUUCUGUGCAUCCUUGAGGAGCGAGAAAAUAUUGAGGUUGUUUGAUGAAAAUUCCCCCGAGUCGGAGGAUAAUUUGAGGGUUUGUGAGUUCCUUGCUGCUCACACUGAUUUACCGUCUUUCAUUGUCAACGCCACGCUCGAAGCGUUCGAGAGUGACCCCCUACUCGUUGCGAAUUACCUUAUAGUGAGCGGCAUUGUAAGUCGUCACACGGAGUUAUCGACACAGUUACUCGGUAGGAUCUACCAUGAGCUCACGAAUGGCAUAAACGGUUUUUUGUUCCCGUUUGUGUGUCGUGCGUGCGCAAUAACCCUCAACAAGCACGAGGAAAACGCCGGGAAGUAUGCUGAGUUGUGGGGAACUGCCGUUGCUGCUCAGUUGGACCGCUGCGAUCCGGACACUCGCGAUGCAAUUUACGAUCUUCUCGGCGCGGCAAGCACUACACAAACGGGAUGGGGAGCUGUACAAUCUUUUGUUAAGGAGGAAGACCUGCUGCAUGCACUCGGUGCGAAGAAACUGUGCGCUGGUGCGCUGAGCUUUAUGAGUGUUGUUGUGCAGUCUCUUUUCGUACCUGAUACAUUUUUUACUCGACAGAUUCUCACUGCGGCGUGGCAGUUACGAGUCAGCCAGGACGAUACCACUCGAGAGAGGUUGUGGGAGUUUAUUGUUAAGUGUCUUUCACGUGAGUCGUUGGUGUUUAUUAUCUUUCCACUGUGUGCUUCUUACCUCUGCUCUUCACGUCAAGAGCAUUUGGUUAACAUUCGUGGUUUGCAACUCGACGCGGCCACUCGUCUUGUUGCUUCUGGGGUCCUUCCACCUGAAUUGACAGAACGGCUACAAGUCUACAUCUCCCGAGGGCUUUAUCCUCCUGGGUCAGUGGGUGUAGAAACAAUGUCACAUUAA